UGGAACUUCCUGUUUCUCAGUAAAGUAUUAUUAGUUCUGUAAAAGAAGCUCCAUCUUGCUUUUGUAGUCGUUCAGCACUCAGGUCCAAGAUCUCCAUCAAGUACAGAGAGAGGAUUGUUCUCUGGACAAAAUGAGAAUACAGGUCAUUUUUGGAGUCCUGUUGAUUUACACCCACGUUGUCAUGGGUUCACUGUUUCAGGAUCAUGUCUGUAGAUUUAAUCUAAUUAAAUCGUGUUAUGUAGCUGUGGGACAACGACUGCACCUGCAAAUGCCACUGGAGGAUGGGUUUGACCUAAAGUUUACUAGUUUGAUGUUAAGAUAUAGAAAAACCCAAAGUUCCCCACCAACACCACGUGUACCAAGAUGGCAGUUUGUUAAUGAUAAUAAAACUAUGAUACUAACCAGUGCAGAGAUGAGUGACUCUGGAACAUACACUUUUAACAUUUUUUAUGUAGACGGGACAAGUAAAGGCAGUUAUACUCUCCAGGUGAACAUUGAAGCUCAGGUGUCCUCAGUGAAAGUGUCCUACAGCUGCUUGUCCUCUGGAGUCAUGAAAGUGACCUGUUCUGCUGAUGGAGACAACCUUCACUUCAGCUGGACUUCUGACUUUAACACACUCCCUCAACUGGAGAACGGGACCAGCACUGUCACACUGGAACAAGACCAUCAAGGAAACAUCACCUGCCAUGUAGAAAAUCAUGUCAGCCGUGACCACGAUACUGCUGAACUCCACCAAUGUCCUGGUUCACUGUUUCAGGAUCAUGUCUGUAGAUUUACUCAGAGUAAUCAGUGUUAUGUAGCUGUGGGACAACAACUGUACCUGCAAAUGCCGCUGGAGGAUGAGUUUGACCUAAAUACCACUAGUGUAAUUUUAAGAUAUAGAAAAACCCAAAGUUCCCCACCAACACCAAAUCACUCAAGAUGGCAGUUUGUUAAUGAUAGUAAAACUAUGAUACUAACCAGUGCAGAGAGGAACGACUCUGGAACAUGCACAUUAAACAUCUUUGAUGUAGACGGGAGAAGUAAAGGCAGUUAUACUCUCCAGGUGAACAUUGAAGCUCAGGUGUCCUCAGUGAAAGUGUCCUACAGCUGCUUGUCCUCUGGAGUCAUGAAAGUGACCUGUUCUGCUGAUGGAGACAACCUUCACUUCAGCUGGACUUCUGACUUUAACACACUCCCUCAACUGGAGAACGGGACCAGCACUGUCACACUGGAACAAGACCAUCAAGGAAACAUCACCUGCCAUGUAGAAAAUCAUGUCAGCCGUGACCACGAUACUGCUGAACUCCACCAAUGUCCUGGUUCACUGUUUCAGGAUCAUGUUGUCUGUAGAUUUAAUCAGAUUAAACAGUGUUAUGUAGCUGUGGGACAACGACUGCACCUGCAAAUGCCGCUGGAGGAUGGGUUUGACCUACAGACCACUAGUUUAAUUUUAAGAUAUAGAAAAAACCAAAGUUCCCCAACACCAACACCACGUCUCCCAAGAUGGCAGUUUGUUAAUGAUAAUAAAACUAUGAUACUAACCAGUGCAGAGAGGAACGACUCUGGAACAUACACUUUAAACAUCUUUGAUGUAGACGGGAGAAGUAACGGCAGUUAUACUCUCCAGGUGAACAUUGAAGGUUCACUGUUUCAGGAUCAUGUUGUCUGUAGAUAUAAUCAGAUUAAACCGUGUUAUGUAGCUGUGGGACAACGACUGUACCUGCAAAUGCCCAAGGAGGAUGGGUUUGACCUAAAGACCACUAGUUUAAUCUUAAGAUAUAGAAAAACCCAAAGUUCCCCACCAACACCACGUUUCCCAAGAUGGCAGUUUGUUAAUGAUAAUAAAACUAUGAUACUAACCAGUGCAGAGAGGAACGACUCUGGAACAUACACUUUAGCCAUCUAUGAUGUAGACGGGAGAAGUAAAGGCAAUUAUACUCUCCAGGUGAACAUUGAAGCUCAGGUGUCCUCAGUGAAAGUGUCCUACAGCUGCUUGUCCUCUGGAGUCAUGAAAGUGACCUGUUCUGCUGAUGGAGACAACCUUCACUUCAGCUGGACUUCUGACUUUAACACACUCCCUCAACUGGAGAACGGGACCAGCACUGUCACACUGGAACAAGACCAUCAAGGAAACAUCACCUGCCAUGUAGAAAAUCAUGUGAGCCGUGACCACGAUACUGCUGAACUCCACCAAUGUCCUGGUUCACUGUUUCAGGAUCAUGUCUGUAGAUUUAAUCAGAUUAAACCGUGUUAUGUAGCUGUGGGACAACGACUGUACCUGCAAAUGCCGCUGGAGGAUGGGUUUGAACUAAAGACCACUAGUUUAAUUUUAACAUAUAGAAAAAACCAAAGUUCCCCAACACCAACACCACAUCUCCCAAGAUGGCAGUUUGUUAAUGAUAAUAAAACUAUGAUACUAACCAGUGCAGAGAGGAACGACUCUGGAACAUACACUUUAAACAUCUUUGAUGUAGACGGGAGAAGUAAAGGCAGUUAUACUCUCCAGGUGAACAUUGAAGCUCAGGUGUCCUCAGUGAAUGUGUCCUACAGCUGCUUGUCCUCUGGUGUCAUGAAAGUGACCUGUUCUGCUGAUGGAGACAACCUUCACUUCAGCUGGACUUCUGACUUUAACACACUCCCUCAACUGGAGAACGGGACCAGCACUGUUACACUGGAACAAGUCCAUCAAGGAAACAUCACCUGCCUUGUAGAAAAUCAUGUCAGCCGUGACCACAAUACUGCUGAACUCCACCAAUGUCCUGGUUCACUGUUUCAGGAUCAUGUCUGUAGAUUUAAUCAGAUUAAACCGUGUCAUGUAGCUGUGGGACAACGACUGUACCUGCAAAUGCCGCUGGAGGAUGGGUUUGAACUAAAGACCACUAGUUUCAACUUAACAUAUAGAAAAAAACAAAGUUCCCCAACACCAACACCACAUCUCCCAAGAUGGCAGUUUGUUAAUGAUAAUAAAACUAUGAUACUAACCAGUGCAGAGAGGAACGACUCUGGAACAUACACUUUAAACAUCUUUGAUGUAGACAGGAGAAGUAAAGGCAGUUCUACUCUCCAGGUGAACAUUGAAGCUCAGGUGUCCUCAGUGAAAGUGUCCUACAGCUGCUUGUCCUCUGGAGUCAUGAAAGUGAACUGUUCUGCUGAUGGAGACAACCUUCACUUCAGCUGGACUUCUGACUUUAACACACUCCCUCAACUGGAGAACGGGACCAGCACUGUCACACUGGAACAAGACCAUCAAGGAAACAUCACCUGCCAUGUAGAAAAUCAUGUGAGCCGUGACCACGAUACUGCUGAACUCCACCAAUGUCCUGGUUCACUGUUUCAGGAUCAUGAUGUCUGUAAAUUUAAUCAGAUUAAACCAUGUUAUGUAGCUGUGGGACAACGACUGUACCUGCAAAUGCCGCUGGAAGAUGGGUUUGACCUAAAGACCACUAGUUUAAUUUUAACAUAUAGAAAAAAACAAAGUUCCCCAACACCAACACCACAUCUCCCAAGAUGGCAGUUUGUUAAUGAUAAUAAAACUAUGAUACUAACCAGUGCAGAGAGGAGCGACUCUGGAACAUACACUUUAGAGAUCUUUGAUGUAGACGGGAGAAGUAAAGGCAGUUAUACUCUCCAGGUGAACAUUGAAGCUCAGGUGUCCUCAGUGAAUGUGUCCUACAGCUGCUUGUCCUCUGGAGUCAUGAAAGUGACCUGUUCUGCUGAUGGAGACAACCUUCACUUCAGCUGGACUUCUGACUUUAACACACUCCCUCAACUGGAGAACGGGACCAGCACUGUCACACUGGAACAAGAACAUCAAGGAAACAUCACCUGCCAUGUAGAAAAUCAUGUGAGCCGUGACCACGAUACUGCUGAACUCCACCAAUGUCCUGGUUCACUGUUUCAGGAUCAUGUUGUCUGUAGAUUUAAUCAGAUUAAACCGUCUUAUGUAGCUGUGGGACAACGACUGUACCUGCAAAUGCCGCUGGAGGAUGUGUUUGACCUAAAGACCACUAGUUUCAAUUUAACAUAUAGAAAAAACCAAAGUUCCCCAACACCAACCCCACGUCUCCCAAGAUGGCAGUUUGUUAAUGAUAAUAAAACUUUGAUACUAACCAGUGCAGAGAGGAGCGACUCUGGAACAUACACUUUAAACAUCUAUGAUGUAGACGGGAGACAUAAAGGCAGUUAUACUCUCCAGGUGAACAUUGAAGCUCAGGUGUCCUCAGUGAAAGUGUCCUACAGCUGCUUGUCCUCUGGAGUCAUGAAAGUGAACUGUUCUGCUGAUGGAGACAACCUUCACUUCAGCUGGACUUCUGACUUUAACACACUCCCUCAACUGGAGAACGGGACCAGCACUGUCACACUGGAACAAGACCAUCAAGGAAACAUCACCUGUCAUGUAGAAAAUCAUGUCAGCCGUGACCACGAUACUGCUGAACUCCACCAAUGUCCUGGUUCACUGUUUCAGGAUCAUGUUGUCUGUAGAUUUAAUCAGAUUAAACCGUGUUAUGUAGCUGUGGGACAACGACUGCACCUGCAAAUGCCCUGGGAGGAUGGGUUUGACCUAAAGACACCUAGUCUCAAUUUAACAUAUAGAAAAACCCAAAGUUCCCCAACACCAACAACAACACCAGAUCUUAAGAGAUGGCAGUUUGUUAAUGAUAAUAAAACUAUGAUACUAACCAGUGCAGAGAGGGGCAACUCUGGAACAUACACUUUAGAGAUCUUUAAUGGAGACGGGAGAAGUAAAGGCAGUUAUACUCUCCAGGUGAACAUUGAAGCUCAGGUGUCCUCAGUGAAUGUGUCGUACAGCUGUUUGUCCCCUGGAGUCAUGAAAGUGACCUGUUCUGCUGAGGGAGACAACCUUCACUUCAGCUGGACUUCUGACUUUAACACACUCCCUCAACUAGAGAAUGGGACCAGCACUGUCACACUGGAACAAGACCAUCAAGGAAACAUCACCUGCCAUGUAGAAAAUCAUGUCAGCCGUGACCACUAUACUGCUGAACGCCAGUGUACUGAAACCACAACAACUACGACUUCAACAGCGGAAAACAACAGGAGCAGUUCAACAACGCACCUUGGUACGAAUUCCACAGUAAGCCACAAUGAGACUAACAACUGCAAUCCAACUCUAACCACGAUCUCCCCAAGCUUCAUUAUUAGCUUUGAGUUUCUACAAAUAAUUUUUGUUAUCCUGGGCUCAGUCUGUGUGGUUUUGAUCAUCUCAUCCAUCUUCGCAUUCUGCAUGUACAAGAAGACACACGGCCCUAAGAACAAAGCUGCUUCUCAGGACGACGGCGUGCUGUACGCACACAUCAACCAAUCAGCCGCUAACACCGCAGAGACCAGAGCCAGGACAUCUCAAGCUCACGUCGAGGAUGUGGAGUACGCCAGUGUGGUUCUUCGAGCCAGCAACAAGAAGCCGAAGAAGUACGAGGAGGAGGUGCAGUACGGCGAGCUGGUGUUUAACACUCCUGCCAAAAAUACCCGGCAGACACCCAAAGUGCAAGACGACUGCGUGUACUCACAAGUCCAGCGUGGUUUGUGAGGUACUCUGAGACGGGAUGAGAGUAUUUUAUAUAUUUUUAUACAGCGUCAACAUAGAGCUAGAGUAUCUAAAUAAUCGAAAUAAUAGCUUUUAAAAAAUGUUUACUAUAUUUAACAGUUAAAGAAUCAUUCUAUUGCGUGAGUGAAUGAGAGUGUGUGUGCCCUGUGAUGGGUUGGCACUCCGUCCAGGGUGUAUCCUGGGCCUCGAUGCCCGAUGACGCCUGAGAUAGGCACAGGCUCCCUGUGACCCGAGGUAGUUCAGAUAAGCGAUAGAAAAUGAGUGAGAGAGAAUCAUUCUAAAAGAGGAAAUAGCUAGUGUAGACUUUCCACCCAUACACACUCAUCUCUGUCUCAAAAAUAAAACCUCAUGAACAGUGAACAUAUUUGAAUAUUUAAGUACUGCAUGACUUGUUCAUUCCAGUUCAGUCGAAUGUUCAUGUUCAAAUCUUCCAGCAAAAGAAAUUAUUAAAAAAAAAAAAAAAAUGGUAUAAAAUAUCGUCCAUGUCGUCUGUUCACACCUUUCCACAUCGGUGCCUUUAGUAAGAGCUGAAAAGGUGUUUCUGAUUAAUGAUAUGAUGUCAGAUAUCAGGGCUUACGAAUUAAACAUAAAACGAUCUUCAGAAAUGGUGUUUGUUUUAUCACAUGAGUAAGGGAUAAAUUACUAGGAGAAUCGUCUCAGCAAUGACUUUUUUUUUAAUUAAUCAAA